AAUAUUACACAGAAGAAAGUUUGAAGAAAGCCCCAGAUAGAGAGAGAGACAGAGAGAGAGGGACUGCAAAGGCAAACCAGCUCUCUUCUUUGUACCUCUCAAACAUUAUAGAUUUCUAGAUUUUUUUUUCACCACAAAAUUACCCCUUUUCUUCUCCUUUUCAGCUUCUUCCUGCUGUAUCCUCUUCAUCCAUUUUCCUCCAUUUCAUGAAAAGCUUUGUAUCUUCAAAGUUUUCUCAUUGAUCUUUGACUGCUGAAGGAUAAAAUGAAUCGAAUUCGAGCACAUUCAUCUCCUGAAUUAGUUCAUUCUUCGCCAUCAAGCGAACAGUACGAUGAUUCAGCUUUAGAAGGCGUUGCAGCACAUAUUAAGUUGUUAUUAAAGCUAAUCCAAGAUCAUAAAGAUGCAUGCAAGAAAGAGAAAAACGAUGGCAGGAGAAUGUUAAGGGUGGCUACAAUGAUGACCAUUCUGGACAACAUUAGAACUCGGAUUCAGAAAUGUCAAUCUUUUGGCAGCAAAACAUCAGCAGCUGAGCUGAGGCGAUGCAACACGGAGCUUAGGCCUGCCAAUGUCCCAAGGGACAAAAGGCAAGGCGAACCAAUAGCCGAUGAGAAAGAGAGGCUAAGAAAGGAGCUCAAUGCAAGCUUGGCAGCAAGGAAGAGCCUAGAAAUAAUGUGCUCUAGCUUGGGAAAAGAGAAAGAAAUUAUGGCUUCAGAAUUAGCAAGAAAGGUUCAUGAAGAGAAUGAAAUGGAGGAACUUAUCAAUGAUCUGAAAGCACAGAAUGAGACAUUAUUGGAGAAAGUAAAAGAAUUUUCUGCUGAGAACAAAGAGAGAUCAUCUGAUAGAGCAGAGACACAAAGAAACGCUGUACUCCAAGAGCGGAACAAGGCACUGUCCGAGCAACUCCUCAGGUCCCUUGAUGGUUACCGGUCCAUGAAAAGGAAAUUUAAACAAGCACAAGAGGAAAAUGCAGUAAUGUGUGCAACAAUGGAGGAAAUAGUAACAGAAGCUGGAUUGAGCCUUGACCAUAUCCGUGGCUUCAAGCAACGGAUAGCCACAGGAAGCGAACCAGUAGUUAACAUGCAAGAGGAGAUUUCUGAGUUGGAGAAUAUGUUUGAGUGCUUUGAAGUGAAGGUAUCAAAACAUGGUCAAAAGAAAGGGGAAUGUGGUAAACCAACAGGCGAGAUCAAUGCCUGUAAGCCUUCUGUUCUGGCAUGACCAGAGAAGGGUGAAUUACCCCAGAUGUGCCCCUGUCUGGAUUUUGUCAAAUUUUACUAUACUACAAAAUUAAAAGUAAUAUGAAUAUCAGUUGUAAGGGAUCAAAAUAGGAGUGAUUAGUGAUGUUGCACGUCGUAUUCGUGUACAAUGAGUCAAUGACUGAUGACUUGUUCAGUUAUUUAGCCUAUGCAUUGUUCCAGAUAUCCAUGUAAUACCAGUUCUCCCCUGCUAUUCCCUUUUAUAUUUUGGCAGCCAGACAGAGCUAAUGGAAAGGUU